CUCAUGCAGUUUGGGUUGAGUGCUAGAGUCAACACUCAGUUCGUUCAGUUCAAGUUCCAGUUCAGAAAGGUCCGUUUCCGCUCGGCCGAUGCAACUGGAUGCAACGCGUAGCCCAGCGGAGCCCCAGUGAACUCCAAGCCCCUCUGCCAAAGGCAGACGCGUCUCUGCAGUCGCACUCGCGGCGCUGGGCGAGCCGGCUUGUGGACGCGAGCGAGCCGCAAGACGACGGAAAGGUUAGGACCAACAAGAACCAAAGUGUCAGAUAACGACCUUGGCGGGAAUACCGGUGAAAAAGGAGGAGUCGCCGUGACGUCAUCGCCGCACAGCUGUGCUUGUCCCGCGCUACUCCGCGCUACAGAGACACUCCCACUCCAGUCGCGGCGCUACCCGGGCCGGCCUCUUUGCAGCUCCGCGCUAGCAGCAUGGACCUGGAGUGCAACACCUGCACCGAGCGCUUCGACGGCGCCGAACGGGUGCCCCAGGUCCUGCUGUGUGGGCACACGGCCUGCCUGCAGUGCCUGCAGCGGCUGCCGGACAGCAGCUGUGCGACGUGCCGCCGGGACCGAGCUGCUGCACGGGACCCACCACCUGCAGCUGCACCCACACCUCCUGCAGCUGCACCCUCACCUCCUGCAGCUGCACCCACACCUCCUGCAGCUGCACCCUCACCUCCUGCAGCCCUCCUUGCCGCCCGUGACCCACCACCUGCCGAGGCGCUGCCCCCUCGGGAGUUGGAUGUAAACGAUAUGAGCCACUAUGGACGCAACGAAAAGCAGCAGGAGAAGGCCGCCGCCUUGCGGGACGCGCCAGGGGUGACACGGCUGGUCAAUGUGUGGUGUCACAUGGACCCCGCCUGGAGCCUCCGGCUGCUGCAGCGCGCCGCGCCCACCCUGGAGCGGCUGACAAGGGGACUUAGGCAAGUGUAAAUUCCCGAUCGUGCCCAAACUCGGUAUAUUUGCUUCUUAUCUAUGUAGGUGACGAAUGCCGACCAUUUUUUUUCCUGAGAGUCAUAUGUCGAAACUCCCUAUAAAAGCGUAUAAUUUCGAAAAAUACAAAUUUCUACUUUUCUACAAAUUUUAAGUGGAAGUCCGACUCAAAAUGAGUGGUUUUGGGGGGGUAGUUCCUCUACCACUUUUCGAUUUGAGACCUCCUUCCGUCAUUUUUGGCCCAAAUUCAACAUUUUUUCCAUUAUUUGCUCCCCUAAAGUACCCCAGAAAUUGACUCUCAGGAAAAACUACUACCGCCAGUCGUCAUCAAUAUAGAUAAGAAACAAAUAUACCGAGUUUAGACAAGAUCGGGAAUUUACACUUGCCUAAGCCUCCUUGUGAGUGUGUGCAGCCCCCGCGGGGCCCACCUGCUCGCGGUGCACGCCAUGCCGCGGCUAAGGAGGCUGGACGUGUUGAGUGACGACGUCGUCCUGUACCCCGAGCCCCCCCAGCUGCCCGCGCUCCCGCCGGGACACGCCGGCCUGCAGUGGCUCAAGCUGUGGUACAUCCCCCGUGCCACGACACAGUCCCUGCUGCGGGCGCACGGCGGCACGCUGGAGGAGCUGGAGCUGAAAGUGGGCACGGCGGAGGGAUACGAUGACGAGUGGCCCAUCAGCUGCCCCUGCGGCGACCUGCACUCGCUGCUGGAGCAGUGCGGGGUGCGGGCGCUCAGGAAGCUCGUGCUGUGGAGGUGGUUCUGCAGGCACCAGCCAGCCACCUGCAGCCAGCAGCGCGCCGAGCUGCGGCGGGUGCUGCCCGGAGCCGAGGUGCUCUGCGACGAGUGUGACGUUGUGGAAGAGGGACAGGUCUAGGGGCGGCGAGCAGCGGCUGUGCCACCGCCACCCUGCGGCAGCGAGAAGACUCGCGUCAUUCGAUAAAGACAUUUGAUUUAACCAACUAGAACGGCAUAUAAAAUAAAGUGAAACUUGACAAUA